AUGGUUCUCCAGUGGGUGCCUGGCCAUUGUGGCCUUUGGGGCAAUGAACAAGCGGACUUACGUUCGAAAACAGCUACCAGCUUACUACAAUAUCCUAAUACAGCUAUUUCUUAUUGGAGGAUUAAACUGUUUUUAAAAAGUUUAUUUACGUCUAGUAUCCUACCAGAUCUUCAGACUCGUACAGCCUUAAAAAGUUGGAGAAUGAUAAGUCCAUCUCUUAUUCCCGAUAGUUCGAGACUCAAUGCAGUUGCAGCUUUCCGUCUGUCUAAAGGACAUAAUUGCCUUACUGCCCACCUGCACCGCAUAGGCAUUUCGAGUGAUCCUAUUUGUUCCCUUUGUGAUUCUGGAGAAGAAAUGGACAGGGUCCACCUGCUUCGAUGUGUGACUCUUCGAAGUCUUACAGAGGUGUCGAGAUAUUGGGAGGCAAGAGAGCUCUUUUAG